CAUUUUAAAAACUGCCAAUUGCUUUUUCAGGAUGAAGAAACUCGUAAGGAUUAUGAUUAUAUGCUGGAUCAUCCUGAGGAGUAUUACAGCCAUUACUAUCACUAUUAUUCUAGAAGAUUGGCACCCAAGGUGGAUGUCAGAAUUGUGAUUCUUGUCACUGUUUGUGCCAUUUCUAUAUUUCAGUUCUUCAGCUGGCGGACUAGCUACAACGAAGCUAUCAACUACCUAGCAACUAUGCCAAAAUAUCGAAUACAAGCAACUGAGAUUGCUAGGCAACAAGGGCUAUUGAACAGAGCCAAAGAAAAGGGCAAAAGCAGACGAUCGAAGGAAGAAAUCCGCAAAGAAGAAGAAGAAAUAAUCAAAGAUGUAAUAAAAAACAAAAUAGAUAUCAAGGGUGGCUACCAGAAACCCCGAAUCUCUGACAUUCUCUUGUUUCAAAUAAUUUUAGCACCUCUUUAUCUGUACAAAUACAUAAAAUGGUAUUUUUGUUGGAUUUAUCGUUUCAAUAUCAAAAGGCAAGAGUAUGGCGAAGAAGAGAAAUUGUACAUUAUACGCAAAAAUAUGAAAAUGUCACAAUCCCAAUUUGACACUUUGGAAGACCAUCAGAGAGAGUCAUUUCUUGACCAGCAGCUUUGGAUAAAAGAAAAGUACGAGCUUUACAAACAAGAGCAAGAGGAGGAGCUGAAGAAAAAAAUGGCAAUGGAUCCUCGAUGGAAAAGAUACCGGCGAUGGAUGAGGAAUGAAGGGCCCGGAAGAUUGACAUUUAUUGAUGAUUGACAUGCGCGAAACAUGUACAAUCAUGUCAUAGAUGAUUGACAGGAUUAUUCAUAUCUAAAAUGUUCAGAGUUUAACUGCUGUGUUUCAGUGGUGUCCUAAAACUCAGGAAUUAAUCAGGGAGAAAACUAGUAACAUUUUAUGAUUUUAUAUAUGUGUAUACAAAUAAAAGUAAAUAUGUUAAUUAUA